AUGGACGACGAAACCUACUUCCCUGAUACUGAUCUCGAUCUCAGCUUCACCUCCACUGCCACCGACUGCACCUUCGCCUCCUCCAGCGCCCGCUCCAGUCUUACUCUCAACUUCAACGAAUCCAUCUUAAUGUGCUCAACCCCUACAAACGCCAACGCCACCGCAAACACAAGCGUAAAUAGAAUAUCGGAUCCUCAUUGGUCCGCCAUUAAGGCCGCCAUGAAACUCUCCUCCGAUGGGAAGCUCCACCUCAAGCAUCUCAAACUCGUUGGCCACCUCGGAACGGGGAACCUCGGGAGAGUCUUCCUCUGCCACCUCCGAGACUGCAGCUCCACCGCCUUUGCGCUCAAAGUCAUAGAUAAAGACUCACUGACCUCCAAGAAACUCUCUCACGUUCAAAUGGAGGCCGAGAUCCUCUCCAUGCUACACCAUCCGUUUCUCCCUACACUCUACGCCCACCUCGAAGUGCCUCAUUACACGUGUCUAUUAAUCGACUACUGUCCCAACGGCGACCUCCACUCUCUCCUCCUCAAGCAACCGCGCAAUCGCUUCUCAAUCCAAGCUGUCAAGUUCUUUGCCGCCGAGACGCUCGUCGCUUUGGAAUAUCUCCAUGCCCUCGGGGUCGUUUAUCGCGAUCUGAAACCAGAGAACAUUCUUUUGCGUGAAGACGGACACAUUAUGUUAUCGGAUUUCGAUUUGUGUUUCAAAGCCGACGUGGUGCCGACUCUUCAGAACCGGCUUCAUCGGAUAAGUAAUAAGUUCUGGCUGAGAAGAAACCGGUGCUGUUGUUUCGGUUCCGUCGCGAACCGCCGCGAUUCGGACAAAAUGGAAGCGGAGUUUGUGGCGGAGCCGGUGACUGCGUUUUCGAAGUCUUGUGUUGGUACACAUGAGUAUUUGGCGCCUGAGUUGGUCUCUGGUAACGGUCACGGUAACGGAGUUGACUGGUGGGCGUUCGGGAUUCUUAUACACGAGUUGUUGUACGGGAUGACGCCGUUUAAGGGACAGAGCAAAGAGAGCACGCUGCGUAAAAUAGCCUCGAGCAGACAGUUGAAAAUCCAGGUGGAGAAAAAGGAAGAGAAAGGUGUAGCGGAAGCGCGAGAUUUGAUUGAGAAGUUAUUAGUGAAAGACCCACGGAGAAGGCUAGGAUGCGCAAGAGGUGCGACGGAUAUUAAACGUCAACCCUUUUUUGACGGGGUUAAAUGGCCGUUAAUUAGGAGCUACAUGGUGCCGGAAGUGCGUGGGUUAGUGAGAAGAACAACAUCGCACGUGUGCAGCACGGUUAACAUUUCCCACAAGAACCGCGACGCUGGUGGAAGAUUAUAUCGUUUUUAAGGAAAAAAUAAUAAUAAGGGUUUUAAAAGUAAUUUACUUAAUUUGAAUUGUC